GUUCCUCGUCCGCCAUCACCUCUCUGUCUGUCUUCCUCGCACGGUCAUCUGGGUGUUCGGCCAUUACACUCCACUGCUGAAUCUCUCAGUGCUCAUGGCCUCUUCCAAUGAUCCCGCGGGACUCUCCUGCAUACAGGACUGGGGGUAUACGGAGUCCCAGUACGGAACACAGGGACCAGACAAUGGACCACUCGGGCCGCCUGCGGCUGGACAAGAAGGAAUGCACACGCAGCUUCCCUAUGCUUCUCGCGGGGACCGUGGGUCCUUGAACGGGACAGGGAGCGAAACCCAGUGGCCCUUGGAAGACAGUGUGGGUACACAAGUCCCGACUUCACGGCCUUUGGGGACACUGGGACAAGUGGGCACGCCUGUGGGGAGUGGGGUUCCAUCAUCGGACCCCACUUUGUCACAGGUUUCAGAACCUCGUGAUGUCACAGGCAGGGUGACACAUGUCUUACAAAGUGAUUGUGGGCCACCCUUACCUGGCUUCAGCACACCGAUUCAGCCCAUUGGUGGUUUCUCUUUCGGGGUCGGUGGUGAAGAUGAGGACAUUUUGCGGGAGCGUCUAAGGAGGCGUGCCAUUGCAAUGGCGGAAGGGCAAUCAUCCACCACACAUUGUGCACAACAUUUGUCUUUCCACUCUGACGGAGCUCCGAGUGACGACUGUCGUGCUGCGUCUUCUGGUUUGUCACCCAUCACCUCUGUGAACCACGUUUCCAGUGCUUCUCCGACGCAGAGGGGGGGGGCUGCCACCACGCCACCUCUGUCAGACGUGGGCGUCGGAGGACGUGGGUCAUCGUCAUCUCCGGUCCCUCAUGGCAGUCCGCAUACCCCUAGCGUAGCAUCUCAGCAUCAUGUGCCAUCAAAGUACUUGAUCAACUGGCUAAUUCGGGACAUUGAGGAUGGCGUUUCCCCCUCUCCAGUUGCUGCAGACACUGCAGCGGCCUUCCCAGUCCGUGGCAAUGCAGCUGCCCCUUCACGAACACCUCCUCGUCAAUCUGUUGAUCCGACGCCUGUGAAUCGCACACCCACCCGGGGCGGUGGCCGCGGUGAAUGUAGCCAAAGCCCUUCGGGUGCAGUCCGUGAGGCGGGGACUUCUCCUGCUGCAGGUCCGCAGGGACAGCAAGGUCGGGCAUUGGCACCUGAAAAGAAUAAGGACCGCUGGGGGGAGGAUGAGACUGCGUGGUUGUGCCGGUUCCGCAAUGAGGUGAAGUUGCAGAUGAAUGAGGAUACAGAGGCAUACGGACGGGCAGGGUUGAAGGGAAACUUCUGGAAGAACGUGGAGCUGCGUAUGAAGGAGAAGGUUGAAGCGCUUGGUAACCAGCAGGGGAUAGAUACUUCGCAACUGGUGGUCAAGUUUGACGAAGCUACAGUAUAUCGUAUGAGCUACGGAGUGAAUGUGGUGGAGAUUGAGCUUGGGGAAACAGGUGGCGUAUAUAGGAGUGUCCGAGAUCUCGUCGACCUCAUUACGACUGACAGAGAAGAGAAGAUUGCAAGACAGAAGGAAGAAGAGGAAGUUGCGAAGCGUGAUCAAGACAGAUUGACGAAAGAAGAGAAGCGACGGGAGAAGCAAGACAAGAAACGGCGGGAGCUGCAAGAAAAUGACGAGAGAUUGGCUCGGCUCUUGAAUAUGCACUUUGCAAGUAGAUGGGGAGAGAAGACGGAGGAAGUGGAAGUGGAAAGUACACCCGAGUAUAAGAAGAAUCCGAGACGAGUACGUCGAGCUACCAGGCGCGCAAAACACCGUCAGGUCCCGCAUCCGGAAUCCGCCACCGACGAUGAGGUGUCCGACAUCAGCCGCAAAACUAGGCGAAUGUGCCUGUCAGACCGAAAGAGACGUCCACCAACAACGGAAGAGGAGGAAUCCUUUUCCAGCCCUCAAGCAACUCCGCCGAGGACGACCACCGCGGACAGGGCGCUCAACUAAGAAAAUGAAGACACGAUUACAAC